AUGAAAAUCGAUAUCUCAAAGGCGUUCGACUCGGUACAGUGGGACUUUGUACUGAAUACUCUACUGGUUCAUGGAUUUCCACUAAAGUUUGUUCACUGGAUACAAAUAUGCACAACUACUCCUUCAUUCUUGGUGCAAGUAAAUGGGGAGCUUGCUGGUUAUUUACAACGUAAGAGAGGACUGAGACAAGGGUGUUCCUUAUAUCCUUACCUAUUUGUGAUCUGCAUGAAUGCGCUGUCUUCAAGGAUGGAUAAGGCUGUUAUGGAUAAGCGUUUUGGCUAUCAUCCCUUGUGUAGAAGGCUCCAAAAGAUCAUAGAAGGUGUUAUCUCGGUCUUUGAUGGGUUUGCAAGGGAAUCCGGUUUGAGUAUUAGUCUGGAAAAGUCUACCAUCUACAUGGCAGGGGUUUAA